ACCUGUGAGAUCUUAUUUUGACAUUUACAACCGGAAGUGAGGCUGCGCGUCGUUGCGGGCUUGACGCAGGCUGCUGCAAACACACACCGUCUCUUGGCGGACAUGGCGGCAACUUGAUGAAGACGGCGAGGGCUUGGAUAAGAAAAAAGACGUCUGUGGCAGGCGGUAGCUAGGCCCCAUCCGCUGACGCAAAAAGGCAACAGUCCUUCGCCAUGUUGGAAGACGAUAGCGCCCUUGUCCGCGCGCGACCGAGGCCGGGGAAAACGUAAGCGCGUCGGCGAGUGUUUCUCACAGCGGAGUCGCGGCUACGCAGAGGAGCGGAGCGGAGCGGCGCCGCGCGGCAGCACGGGGCGGACGGGAGGACAGCCAUGGAGGAUGCGGGCCGCGGUCGCAGGAGUCUGAUUUCCCACCCGGCCCACGCUCCUUUGGAUGGGAUUUACCGCUGAUCGCGACGGAAAGCCGGGACAACCCACUAGCCGACUCUUGAGGGGAGGAAAACGCGAUCUGCUCCCGACGUCCAUGACUGUUGCGGCAGAGGAGCCCCCACGGUGGAGUCGGCCGGUUCCCAAAAUAUGACCAGGGGUGCUGGGACGUGUUGGCAGCAAGAAGACGACGACGGCUUCCAAAUCUGGCUAGAGCCCCCCCGUGACCACCAAAAGCCAUUCACCGACUCCGAGAGGGCGCAGAGAUGGCGACUGUCCUUGGCAUCUCUCCUGUUCCUCACCGUCCUCCUCUCUGAUCGCCUGUGGUUCUGCGCCGAGGCCAGGCUGGCCCGGACCCCGGACAAGUUCGCGUCCUCCCACCUCCACUCCCCCCGCACCCACUCGGCGCACAUUCCCCUCACAGAGAGCCCCCACGCUAUUUUUCUAGGAAACUCCACCAAACAUCUGUGGCGCCUCGAAACUCGCCACCGGGACAGUUCGUCCGGCGACUGCUUCGCCUUCGCGGAUGCGGACGACCUGUGCCGGGGCCUCUCCGACAACCAGGGGCCGCGCGUCGCUAACAUGAGCGACUUGUACUUGUCCUUUUGUAACUCCUACUCCCUGCUGGACCUGUUCGACGGCUCGGUGAGCCCGGACAACCUGAACUGCAGCGUCCGGGCGCUGGAGGAGGGCGACGCGACGCGAUGCAGCGACUGCGUCCAGGCGUACCAGCGCUACGACCAGCACGCCCAGGAGAAAUACGAGGACUUUGAGCUCCUGACUCAGAAAUACGAGCCAGGGGCUUAUUCGGUGAGGACGUGCAUGGAGCAGUGCAAGAUGGCCUACAAGCCCUGGCUCUGUGCUCAGUACUUCCCCAACAUCAAGCAGUCCUGUCAGAGGAAGAUACCGUGCCAUUGGUACUGCCUGGAGGUCCAGCAGAGCUGCCCGUUCAUCCUGCCCGACAACGACGACCUGAUCCACGGCGGGAACCCCAGCUUCAUCUGCACAGGGCUCCUGGGAGAUCAUCCAUCAGACGGCGAGGCGGAGUGCUGCGACGUUCGAUGGGACUCCAAAAUGGACAGCCCUUCAGGCAGCACACUUAAAAGGACUGCUUCUUCCUGCCAGCCCGAGGGGGCUUCGGUCACUUCCGCCGCCAGCUCGAGACUGUGCAGCGGGCGACUGAAGAUAUGCCUGCUGGCCCUCGUCCUCCUACAAACUGUCAUCAUCAUUUCGGCCUCGCAUAACUCUACGUUGCUGGAGGUAGCCGCCAUCUUCUCGCCAGAGGAGGGCGCGUCGAACGAGGAGUGACCCUUUUUUUGGCGCGCCGAGGAGCGGGAUUAUGGCUUUUUACAGUGUCAUGGCCGCCAGGGACACAUCUGGCGAGACGUGCCGGAGAUGUCACUGCGAUCUGCUGCCAACGAAGCGUCCAUCACACAACACUGGAAACUGGAGAACGGGGGGCUGGGAGCGGACACCGACCCGGCCGAGGUGUUCGCCGACCACCCCCCCACAAAGAACUGACCUCUUGCCACUAGGAACCUGCUCAUUGUUUCUAUCUCAUCCAAAUGUUUUCUAGCAUAUCGUCCCUGUUUGCCUUCCCCUCCCAACCUUCCCCCUCCUCUGGUUUCAGUGUACGGAUGGGUGAAAUGAACAUUGACAAAGUGUGCAUUCCAGCUCAUCGCCAUCGUUACAUUUUUUGCUGCACUUUCUCCCCCCCCCCCCCCCCCC